AUGGGCCUGUUAUGUAGAUCUAGGCCUGGGGUGCAGAUCUGGAUCAGGAGGCCGGGUCUCUGCACAGCUGACAUCCCUGCUGCGGGGGCAGGGUUCUUCUUGGUCCAGAGGGCUCCUUCUCCCUCAGGUGGUCAGGACAAGACCUUCCUGUUUGCCCGGCCCAGCGCUCUGGUGCCUCAGGGAGGACACGUGACCCUUUGGUGUUACUAUCGUGAUGGACUUACCAACUUUACCAACUUCACUCUGUACAAAGACGACAGAAGCCACGUUCCCAUCUUCCACAGCAGAAUAUUCCAGGAGAGCUUCCUCAUGGAAACUGUGACCCCGGCACACGCAGGGACCUACAGAUGUCGGGGUUCAUACCCGCACUCCCCCACUGAGUGGUCGGCACUCAGUGACCCCCUGGCGAUCAUGGUCACAGGAGUCCACAGAAAACCUUCCCUCCUGGCCCUCCCAGGUCCCCUGGUGAAAUCAGGAGAGACGGUCACCCUACAAUGUUCCUCAGAUAUCGUGUUUGAGUACUUCUUUCUGCACAGUGAGGUGAACUUUGAGAAGCCAUUGCACCUUGUUGGAGAGCUCCAUGGUGGGGGCUCCCAGGCCAACUAUUCCAUCCGUCCCACGACGUCUGCCCUUACAGGGACCUACAGAUGCUACGGUUCUGUCACUCACUCCCCCUAUGUGUUGUCAGCUCCCAGUGACCCCUUGGACAUCGUGAUCACAGGUAAAUAUGAGAAACCUUCUCUCUCAGCCCAGCCAGGCCCCACAGUUCAGGCAGGAGAGAACGUGACCUUGUCCUGCAGCUCCCGGUGCUCGUUUGACAUGUACCAUCUAUCCAGGGAGGGGGAGGCCUGUGAACUUAGUCUCUCUGCAGUGCCAAGCGUCAAUGGAACAUUCCAGGCCAACUUCCCUCUGGGCCCUGCCACCCACGGAGGAACCUACAGAUGCUUCGGUUCUUUCCGUACUGCACCCUACCAGUGGUCAGACCCGAGUGACCCACUGUCCAUUUCUGUCACAGGUAUCCCCAGACACCUGCAUGUUCUG